AUGUAUCGUACCACUAUGCGAUCGGCCUCGAGGCCUGUAAUUGCCAGCCUGCGCUCGAAUACGAUCCGCGCAACCCCUCGACGAUUUAACUCGACAACUACUCCCGCCGACAAGUCCCGAUCAUGGAAGAGCUCUGUGGCACGAUUGGGUCUGGCUUUCGGUGCUGUCUAUUACUAUAACACCAGUCCCAUCUUCGCUGAUGAGGCUGUCUCAAAAACGGUUCCCGCACCCGCCGCCUUCUCCGAUGAUGACCUCCCCACCGUUGACUCCGUUCUCGAGGAGAAGCGCAAACAGAUCAAGGCUAAGAGCGAGAAGCCCGCCGAGUCAUCAAAGCCCACCGAGUCUCAACAGUCCAAUACUCAAGCCGCUGCCGCCGAUGGAUCGCCUUCUGUCCUAGAAGAAGAGGCCGACCAGCAAGGUGCUUUCAAUCCCGAGACUGGAGAGAUCAACUGGGACUGCCCUUGCUUGGGUGGUAUGGCCCACGGCCCUUGCGGUGAGGAGUUCAAGACUGCGUUCAGCUGCUUUGUAUACUCGACCGAGGAGCCCAAGGGUAUGGACUGCAUUGAGAAGUUCCAGGGCAUGCAAGAGUGCUUUAAGAAAUACCCAGAAAUCUACGGUGCUGAGCUCGCCGAUGACGAGGAGGGUGCUCCCACUCCCGAUUUUGGCGAUGAGCAGCCCGCUCCCGACGCUCGCAAGGCUCCUGCUACCGACAAGGCCCCCGCUGCCGACUCCAAGUCCCUCCCCGAAAAUUCCUCUGCUGCAGCUGAGCUCGAUGAACAAGCCCCCCGAACAACUUCCAGCGAAGCCGAGAAGGAAACCCUCGUCAACGGAUCCCGAAAGGUUCAGGAUGUCGCUACUCCCAUAGAGAAGCCACACAACCCAGAGUUGUGGCAGGAUAUGCACAAGACCAAGGUUCCAGUGAAGGAGGUUUUCGUUGAGCCCUCACAAGCGCAUGAUGCUACUGCUGCCAAUGCUGAGAUCAAGAUUAUUGAGCAGGAAAGGGAAGCUAAAAAGAAGGCUGAGACGAAGCAGUAG